CAUCAAUCUAUAAUAUCCAGCUGGUUUAAUUAAUGUUUUAAUUAUGUGGAUAAAACCUGAAGAAAUAUUAAUAACUAAUGCAUUUUGGGCAAAUGAACGAGCCAAUCUUUAUUUUAGCUUGCAAAGACGAAGGGGUGGUUCAGAGGUUCAUCAGACUGGAAAAGUUGUUUUAACCAAUUCUACCACUGAGAAUUCUAAUAAGCAGCAUUUGACUGAAUACAAAAAUAAUUUAUCUGUGCACCAAAAAGAAAAUAAUGAUGCUACCUUAAUCGAAAAUGCAAAUUCUGGCCUGCCUCGAAAACUAGUGAAAGCCGCGGUUAUCUCGGCCAUUUUCAACAGGGGUUCCCAAGUGGCAUCUUUGCUCUUUGGCACUCUCGAUUCGGUUUUUGAUACCGGAACUACGCCCCCUUUUAGGAUAGUUUAUCAGCACCCGGAUUCCGAUACCGGUUUUAAAAUAGCUAUAGGACUGGGGCUCGAAGAAGUAACGGAUGAAUAUGAAUGGUUAGAAAAACAUGUCCUCUCUUUGCUAGACGGCAUGGGAAACGAGGAGGAUUGCACGGCUUUUAUCAAAUGCAAGAUCGAGAGUUUAAAUGCCGCAGAGUCCUUACCGAAUGCUUCUUUCAAAAGUUACCUGAACGCGAGAAAUAACUCUACUAAUUCUUCCAGCUCCCUUUUGUCCUAUUCUCAACUGUCCCCUACCCAAGAUUGCAGUAAUACCAAUGUCAAAACUAAUUAUUUUACGCCUCAGCAGUAUCACCAACAGCAAGCAGAGAACGCAUAUAAACCGUGUUUUAACGUGGAUGAAUACGAAGUAAUUUUUCAUCCUUACAAUGAAUUGCCGCAUUUAAAAUCGAAUGAUGGACAGGAAAAACAUAGAAAUCGGCUGGGAAGCGAUAUCAAAAGGACUAGGAGCCAAUAUUUAGAAAGGGAUUCAUUAGAUGAUGCCCAAUAUACUAAAAGGGGUGGUUCGCUGCCUCCUAAACGUAGAGUACACGCGCAUAAAGACGAUAAAAGAACGAUACGCAACUUUAAUGAUCUCUCCAAAGACUUUAAAAGCUUGAAUAUUCAUAAAAGUUUUGUAAAGAAAAGAUCGAUUAAUAAUAAUGGUGGCCAUAAAAAUGAUCGAUUAAUUCAUAAAAUCAAGACUAUUCACCAAAAACAGCAGAAGGCCGUGGAAGAUGCCACCCAAUUCAAGAUAGUAAAUCAUAAAUUUCGCAAACUCUUCAAUAUGCCGACUUCCGAAAAAUUAGUCAAUUAUUAUUCGUGUUCAUACUGGAAAGGAUACGUACCAAAGCAAGGUUGGCUCUACUUGAGCCUAAACCACGUCUGUUUCCAUUCCUAUAUCCUGGGUUCCGAAAUCAAAUUAGUUAUCAGAUGGACUGACGUUAACCAGCUAGAACAACAGCAAGCUUUUUUUUCUCCUAAUACGAUAAAAUUGGCCACUAAAUCUUCAGAACAUUACUUCUCAUUAUUCCUCAAAAUUAACGAAACCUUUUCUGUCAUGGAGCAACUAACGAAUUUGGCUAUGCGUCAAUUAGUUUCCGACGAUGUUUUCCAACAUUUCGACACUAUCUCCCUUUUUGUAAAUAGUCACCGCGGCCGUAACACACUUACUUAUCAUAGCUGUGAUUCUAUCGAAUUGGAUAUGAAAUCUAAUUUGGACCAAUUCCUGCGAACGCAUCAUAAUCUUACAGAUCAAAGACUAGUGUCCAUCGCCGACACGCCUAAUUUAUCGCAAUCCGCUCAAAAGUAUGAAUCAGAAUUAACUAGAGCUUUUCCGCAAACAACUUUGAAGAAAAAUCAUGAAAAAUCAGAGGAGAGUUUCUCAAUAAAAGCAUUGAAUGAAGGAGACCGGAAAAGCUACUAUGUACCCAUCCCUACUAAGAAAUGGACACAACCACCUGUAUCAUUAAAACGUAAUCUGGACUCAAGAAUGCGAUGCCAAGCAUAUAGGACAUUAUUUUGUCUACCAUCUGAAGAAAAGCUAGACGGCACUGCUCAAUGUUAUUUACUAACUCCGUACAGGAAGGCUCCCUCAAAUGCCUCUGUUUAUGGCACAUUUUAUCUGUCUCAUAAUUACAUUUGUUUUGACAGCAAAGUACUUGGUAUAGUUCAAAUCGUUAUUCCCCUCAUCCAUAUACGUGAUAUUAGAAAAUUAAGCAAUGAAGAAGAAGAACAAGACAAUGCAAAAAACCAUGAUCAAACCAGUUUUUUCUCAGCUACUACGACUCAAUCGUCAUCACCUAUGACGGCGAAAGCAAUGAAUUUUAUUCAUAACGUUGCUACUAACAGUAAAUUGGUAAGCAAUGCUAAACUCAGGCGCUCUAAGCUGGAAGACGAUAUCAACGAUGAAAACGAUUUCGUGAUAAUAACGAAAUCCAAGAUUGAUUUUAAUGUCCAUGAGGGUAUCGAGAUUACCAUCCCAGCGAAUUAUAUCCCGAUGGGUGAUAAUACCGCCUGGUUUUCCAAGAAAGAAUGGACAAAUAACGAAAAGGGUCAAAAAAAUGCCAUCGGCCUAACGCCUGUAAAAAAAAUUUACUUUUACGAUUUUGCCAAUGCCGAUAUCAUCAUCAACAAAGUUCGCGAGUUUUUGAUCAAAUGUCGAGAAAAAAACAAAACACGUGGAUCAUACAAAAAACAUAAUGACUCUAUAGACAAUUAUAUUAUAAAUGAUUCCAGAAAUGAACAUUCCAAUCCCAUGCAAUAUGACCACGGAAAUACUAUAUUAGAUAAGGACACGGAUAACUCUACGAAACCAAUAGAUGCCACCGACUCAUUACCAUCUUCUGGGACCAAUACGAUGCGUCUUGGUAGUUUGCCUGUGACUGAUGUGAAAUUAUUGACAAACCAAGAAAUAAAUAAAUUCUUAAUAAUAACGAACAAUACAAACUCAAUUUUUGGAAUCGAGGAAGCUCUGAAGGAAAGGCUUUGGGCCUUGCAUUUUGCAGAUCACGGGCGGGGGGUUAGCAUGUACCGCACGCACGAAUUGCACGAACUUAUAACGAAAGGCGUUCCCGACAUUCUUAGAGGAGAGAUGUGGGCACUCUUCGCGGGCGCUCAAAAUGAGAUGGACAAUAACCCUGGUUAUUACACAAAUUUAAUCGCUUCGAACGCAGGGAAGAUUAAUUUGGUAACGGAUGAGAUAGAAAGAGAUCUACAUCGAUCUCUGCCGGAACAUCCAACAUUCCAAACCGACUCUGGUAUCGAUUCCUUAAGAAGAAUAUUAACUAGUUACGCAUGGCGAAAUCCGGCUAUAGGAUAUUGCCAAGCUAUGAAUAUUAUUACCUCAGUUUUAAUAAUAUUUACACCUCAAAAUGAAGAAUUAGCUUUUUGGAUUUUGGUUGCAAUCUGCGAACGACUUCUUCCUGAAUACUACAAUACCAAAGUGCUAGGAGCUUUGGUGGAUCAGGGUGUAUUCGAUCAAUUGCUAAAAGAUUACCUACCCGAUUUACAAGGCAAACUUCAAUCCUUCGGCCUUUCGCGUAUGAUUACCUUGUCAUGGUUCUUGACCGUUUUCCUUAGCGUUCUCAAUUUCAAAUCGGCACUCAACGUUUUGGAUUGCUUUUUCUACAGUGGCGCCAAAUUUUUGUUCCAACUCUCCCUCACCAUUUUCGAAGUCAAUAAAGAAAACAUCUUGAAGUGUAAAGACGACGGGGAAGCUAUGCUUAUUUUGACUCAAUACUUAGACGGCAUUGUUAAUAAUGGACCACAAAACGAGAAUUUCCAUAUCUCUUCAACUGGUGGCCUCAAGUCAAAAUCGCUAAAACAUAAGAGGCCUGUGCAGGAAACAAUAGAUAUUGUUAAGCUUAUACACGACUCCUAUUUUAAAUUCGGGGAUAUUACCAAUGACAAAAUAGAAAAAUUACGUUUGAAAUAUCGAUUAUCAGUUGUACAAGGUAUCGAUGAAGGCAAUAUUAAAACGAUCGUUAGAAGUUUAAUAAAGGAUAUUCCAUGUUUUAACAAGAAAGAAAUCGAGGCUCUUUUUAUGAUAUUUAAAGAGGAACGAUUAAGCUGCUUAUGUUUUAGGGGACUCUACAUUGAUCCAUGGGAAAAAUAUGACUCCUCGCUUUCGAAUUAUGAACUCUACAAAAUAGAUUACGAUUCGUUUGAGCAUUUAUUCUUAAAACUCACUCCAUGGGGUAAAGGAUGUCUGGCAUCAUCUUUGGCUAAAAAGAUAUUUCGAUUGUUGGAUGAUAACCGCGAUCACCUCAUAAAUUUCAAGCAAUUCAUCGCUAUGUUUAAGAUAAUAUGCCGAUGCGGUCUGGAAACCAAAUUAGAAUUUUUGUACAGACUUCAUUUACCCCCGUUUUCGAGAUUUAAAGACUCUUACCAUCACACAAGGGCGUAUAAGAAAAUUAACAAUCACACAAUAAAAUCGGAGCAGAAGAAAAACCAAUUCUUGAUUUCAUCAUCACACUUUUUCGUUUCAAUGGGUAAAGCGGAUAGUGAUAAAAAUAUGGAAAAGUUUGGGAAUCAAGUUGACAAAUAUGUACCUCAUGACUUAUCUGAGCCUGCCAUUGAAGCUAAUGAAUUUUUUAAAGAGGACCUAGUGGAUACCGAUAUCACCACCCCUAUUAAUGAUGAGAAUGCUAAAGAACUGAAAGAAAAUAUAAAUCGCUUAAAUGAUCUAUUGUACGAAAAAGAUGUUUCUAAUUCAAAUAAUCAAUUGCUCAAACACAGUGGUUCACAAAAUGUAACAUCCAAUAUUUCCUCCCCAGACCUAAAGCUGUUAAUUAACGAUGAAAGCAACAUCAUAGCUCAAGAUACAAUAUCUCCUGCCAAGAUACAUCCUGCUAUUAUGAAUCAAGAAACAUUCUCCAACUUUUGGAAUACGAUAUUUGAUUUAUUCGAAGGUAGCCCUAAUCAAACUCAAUUAAUUCAUUACGCUGCCACCGUUGGCACUCUUUUACUAAAAAUAGGCGAAUCUUGCUUAAAUUCUCAAUCUAACAACAAACUUUUAAUAACUAAUAUGUGGAAAAUUACAUAUGAACAAGUCCUGGCAUCCCUGCUGACCGAACCUUUGUUGAACGAAUUUUUCGAAAUCAGGAUUGAUGUUUUAGAAAUUGUUGACAAAUUUCAAAAAGAAAAAUUUAGAGAAACAUGAAUGUUUGAUCUUUAAAAAAACACAAUUAUUCCCACUAUUAACCAAUACUUGGUUAUGAACCAUGAAUAGUAUUAACAGAGCAAAAGAGAGGCAUGAUCUCAUAUUCCGGGGAGCGGUAAUCGUUGGUAAAAGAUGAGGAUUGAUGCAAAGGAGGGGCGCUAGGUUUCUUUGCCAAUUUACUAUCCUGAUCAUUGUCACCGAUAGACGAAUAAGAAAAUUCUCGGUUAGAAAAUGCAUCGUUAUCCCAUUCGGCCGCCUCUUCUUCACUGACAUGCAACGAGUCUCCCUCAAUGAAAGACGCAAAUCUUAUUUUAUUUUUUUUAAAAAUUUCAUAUAAAAUUUGAAGAAAAAAAAAUGUUUAAUAUAAUAUACCUUUUAGGAUUUUUAAGCAAUGUUUAAUAUAAUAUACCUUUUAGGAUUUUUAAGCAUCUUGGCUAAUUUCCAUGGAGUACAGUUUGGGCCUUGACAAUACUUUUUUAAUUCGUUUAAAUGUUUUUCUGUUUCUAACUCACCUUGUUGAAUAUAUUCUUCUUCGGUU